AUGGUGAAGAAAAGGGAUCAUAACAAGCUUAGUGAAUGUGUCAAAGGCGUCCUAGAUGGAGAAUGUCUACAAAGCUUGUUUGGUGAGCACAUGGGAAGAGUCCAAGAGAUGAAAGUGGGUGGAGCUGAAAUGGCUAAUCUGGGAACCACAAGAAAGAUGAAAGAACCCCAGUCUCUCUCCAUUGAUCCAUCUCCCAACAUACUAAGCUUGAUACCUUUAAGAUUUAAGGAUGGGAAGAUUGAGUACAAAGUCAAAAGCAAGAGAAAGUCUAAACCAUUCUCAAGUGCCAAAGCCGUCAUCAGUCCUAGCCUUCAAAGAGAUCCAAGCCAGCUUCAAGAGCUUCUCUCUCAAGUCCUAACCAUUACUCUUGAAGGCGUUCCACCUCUUACUCCUCACUAG